AUGUCUUUCGGUUUCGCAGUGGGAGACGUCAUAGCCGUUGGCAAACUUAUCAAAGACAUUACCGACUGUCUACGCUCCGCUGGUGGAGCAAUAUCCGACUACCAGGAACUGAUCAAGGAGCUCGACGCACUCAAGACAGCCCUGGACAGUGUAAACCAACUAUACAGCAAUGUAACGCCCUCAGCACUCCUCGACACAAUCAAAUCGUGCCGCGAAAGACUUGACGAAUUCUGGGCGAAGAUCAAACCAUACGAGCCAUCGCUAGGCUCGUCAAGUCGAUCAAGUGCUGUGAGAGGUACCAAGGAUAAGCUCCGCUGGACGUUCUGCCGGAAAGAGGAAGUCGAUCAACUUCAGAGAAACCUCCAAUUCUACAGCAGUGUCAUCAAAAUGCACCUGAUAAGGCAUGUCGCAGGACAGGUGCAAGAUAUGAGAAAGAAUACGGAUGCAGUCUGUACGCACAUUGCUGAGCGAAUCCAUGAUACACACGAUACUCUUACAGACAUUGGCGAUUAUGUAUCUAGCCAAGGAGCUGUAGCGAGUAACAUUCAGACACUGGUCACUGGCCUGCAUCAGUUUAUAUUCGGCGAGGUCAGAUCAUUCCUGGCCGACUUUGGGCAGUUGGUUAGCAAAGUCUUCUCUAAAUGCGACGUAUGGUUCGACCAUGGCACAAAGACUAGAAAUGAGCCUGAACGUAGAACAGGCGACGUUGAGGAGCUCUCCUCCUCCAUGGCUAGUUCGACCUUCAACGACCCUGUACGGUCUGACCGCGGUGUCUCCGACAUGGAAGACAGGAGAUCUUGCAGUGACUAUGGGAAGACGAAACUGUUCAAAAACGUGAAGAUUGCGCACCUGGAUCAGGGGUCUAGUAGCGCGUCCGACCCCAAGCUGGACGAGUUGUCAUACGACGAGAAGUACUACUCGGACGAGGAGUUCGAUAAAGACGCUCUUUAUUGCGAUAGACAGGGCUGUACUGCAUCCUUCACCGGAACUUAUAGAAAAGGGAACCUGGUCCGCCAUAAGAGACAACGCCAUGACAUUGGUGGCGUAAUUCCAUACGAAUGUGAGGACCUUACAUGCGACAAGGUGUUCAAGAGACAGGAUGCCCGGCUCAAACACUAUCGAAAGUAUCAUCCACACCUUGCUGCUGCCCCACCAAGAAAGAAGAAGAAGCGGGACUUAAGCGCGUUCAAAGUCAAAGUAGAGCCAUGGCUGGGAGACAGCGGGAAGGCAAGAUUGAGUAAUUGA